CCCUCAAAUAGAGGCUUUUGGAUUGCUGCAACAAUCAUAUUCAAAUGUGAGCAUUUACAUCUACUGAGCAUCUACUACUGAGACCAGAGCAAUGUGUAGGCCGAUAUUAUUUUAGUGUCAGAGAGGCACAGCAUUUUCCAUCCAACCCCCAAAUAUAGAUUGUCUUUUUAGCCUGUUGUGACGUACAUGAGCGCAGCUGGCAGAUGCGUACACGCUCGCCAUAUGCGACAACAUUGGCAAAAUCAAGAAGACUAGACAUUUGUAAGGUAUAUAUUUUAUGAAUCAAUUACACAGUAGCUUUGAGUGGUUUUACGAGCUAGCGAGCCAAUAGUUUUGAAAGAAUUCUGGACGAGGGAGCUACUCACCAGUUUCUUUUUUACCACGUUAACAUUUGUAACAGGGAAAGUCGUGUUUUGUGUAGCUACUUUCUUGUAAGCUAGCCUAGGUCGCAGGCUCUAGCUUUACGUUAGAAAACGACUGCACCGUUUCUGCUACUUCGGCAGCAUCCGUAGUUCUUUCAACGCGACACCACACUUGUUUUGGUGGCGUGAGUUUGUUCAGCAUCUCUGUUUCUUUCCCAUGUGGGAUAGCAGCAAUAGUGGUCGAGACUAGUUGGAGUGCCAACGCCUUUUUCUGUCUCUGACUGGGCGAAACUAAUCGCGAAAGCACCCGAACGUUUUGUAUUUCCCCCCCCCCCAAACAAUUGAUGAGCGGUAGCUGCAAUUCAAACCAGAUCUUGAAGAAGCCGCAAGUAGCUCGCUAACCAAGGGAUUCAAAAUGGGUUGCACGAUCAGCCAAGAGGAUAAAGCAGCGAUGGAGAGGAGUAAAAUGAUUGAUCGGGACCUACGAGAAGACCGAGACAAAGCGUCCAGGGAAGUAAAACUACUACUGCUUGGUGCUGGGGAGUCUGGGAAGAGUACAAUAGUGAAGCAGAUGAAAAUCAUCCACGAGGCCGGGUACUCCGAGGAGGAGUGUAAACAGUACAGAGUGGUGGUGUACAGCAACACCAUCCAGUCUAUCAUCGCCGUCAUCAGAGCCAUGGGACACCUAAAGAUAGACUUUGGGGACGCGGCACGAGCGGACGAUGCUCGCCAGCUGUUUGUAUUGGCUGGUACAACGGAGGAGGGUGUGAUCUCAUCAGAUCUAACCGGUGUGAUACGGAAACUGUGGACGGACAGCGGAGUCCAGACCUGCUUCCUGCGCUCCAGAGAGUACCAGCUCAACGACUCAGCAUCCUAUUAUCUGAAUGACCUGGACCGUAUUGCCCAACAGAAUUAUGUCCCCACCCAGCAAGACGUGCUGAGGACCAGAGUCAAGACUACUGGCAUCGUGGAGACACACUUUACCUUCAAAGAGCUCUACUUCAAGAUGUUUGACGUGGGCGGCCAGCGUUCUGAGAGGAAGAAGUGGAUCCACUGCUUUGAGGGCGUGACAUCUAUUAUCUUCUGUGUGGCGCUCAGUGACUAUGACCUGGUGCUGGCAGAGGACGAAGAGAUGAACCGUAUGCAUGAGAGCAUGAAGCUGUUUGACUCCAUCUGUAACAACAAGUGGUUCACAGACACCUCCAUCAUCCUCUUCCUCAACAAGAAGGAUCUGUUUGAGGAGAAGAUCGCCAGGAGUCCACUCACCAUCUGUUACCCCGAGUACGCAGGAGCCAGUACAUAUGAGGAGGCAGCAGCCUACAUCCAGUGUCAGUUUGAGGAUCUGAACAGGAGGAAGGACACUAAAGAGAUCUACACCCACUUCACCUGCGCCACCGACACCAAGAACGUCCAGUUCGUGUUCGACGCCGUCACAGACGUCAUCAUCAAGAUCAAUCUGAAGGAGUGUGGACUCUACUGAGGUGACGGGGAUCUUCAGGUGUCUGGUGGACCGUGAGCCUCGUGGAAGGGGGGGUGAUGAUAUGAGAUGACUUGGGACAUUUGCAUUAGAUGAUCGUGGAAAUAGAGGAAGAUAAUGGAAAGUGGAACCAGCGAUUGAGACUUGGUUGCCAUGCUGAAUACAGAGGAUGAUGAAUAGUGCAUUUUGGGAUUGUUUCUGUUUUUACCACUUUUAUUUUUCUCCAUGUUCAACCCUCUGAUACACUGAGCUCAGGACAGAACUGAACUGUGGGGAAAAACCUUAAGCAGUGAUAUAGUAUAUAGUCACUGUGACUUCUAUGGGAACUGCCAAGUCAGACUACAGAAUACUUCUGUUUUUAGUUCCAGAUAAUUUACACUGAACAAAAAUAUAUAAACGCAACAUGUAAAGUGCUGGUCCCAUGUUUCAUGAGCUGAAAUUAAAGAUCCCAGACAUUUUCCAUACGCACAAAAAGCUUAUUUCUCUCAAAUUUUUUGCAGAAUUUUGUUUACAUCCCUGUUAGUGAGCAUAUCUCCUUUGCCAAGAUAAUCCAUCCACCUGACAGGUGUGGGCAUAUCAAGAUACUGAUUAAACAGCAUGAUCAUUACACAGGUGCACCUUGUGCUGGGGCAAUAAAAGAUAAGUGUAAAAUGUGCCCUUUAGUCACACAACACAACGCCACAGAUGACCCAACUUUUAGGCGACCGUGCAAUUGGCAUGCUGACUGCAGGAAUGUCCACCAAAGCUAUUGCCAGAGAAUUUAAUGUUAAUUUCUCAUCUCCAACGUCGUUUUAGAGAAUUUGCCAAUACGUCCAACCGGCCUCACAACCGCAGACCACGUGUAACCACGUCAGCCCAGGACCUCCACAUCUGGCUUCUGCCCCAUCAGGAUUGUCUGAGACGAGCCAGCCGGACAGCUGAUGCAAACUGUGGGUCUGUGCAAUCUUCUCAGGGAAGCUCAUCUACUUAGUCUUGACCUAACUGCAGUUUCGGCGUCGUAACCGACUUCAGUGGGCAAAUGCUUACCUUCGAUGACCACUGGCACGCUGAAGAAGUGUGCUGUUCACAGAUGAAUCCUGGUUUCAACUGUACCGUGCAGAUGGCAGACAGCGUGUAUGGCGUCUUGUGGGCGAGCGGUUUGCUGCUUUUAACGUUGUGAACAGAGUGCCCCAUGGUGGUGGUGGGGUUAUGGUAUGGGGCAGGCAUAAGCCACGGACAACGAACACAAUUGCAUUUUAUCGAUGGCAAUUUGAAUGCACAGAGACACCGUGACGAGAUCCUGAGGCCCAUUGUCGUGCCAUUCAUCCACCGCCAUCACCUCAUGUUUCAGCAUGAUGAUGCACGGCCCCAUGUCGCAAGGAUCUGUACACAAUUCCUGGAAGCUGAACAUUUCCCAGUUAUUCUAUGGCCUGCAUGCUGUCACCCAUUGAGCAUGUUUGGGAUGCUCUGGAUUGAUGUGUACAACAGCGUGUUCCAGUUCCUGCCAAUAUCCAGCAACUUCACACAGCUAUUGAAGAGGAGUGGGACAACAUUCCACAGGCCACAAUCAACAGCCUGAUCAACUCUUUGUGAAGGAGAUGUGUCGCGCUGCAUAAGGCAAAUGGUGGUCACACCAGAUACUGACUGAUUUUCUGAUCCACUCCCCUACCUUUUGUUUUAAGGUAUCUGACCAACAGAUGCAUAUCUGUGUUCCCAGUCAUGUGAAAUCCAUAGAUUAGGACCUAAUUCAUUUAUUUAAAUGGCCGGAUUUCCUUAUAUGAACUGUAACUCAGUAAAAAUCUUUGAAAUUGUUGCACGUUGCGUUUUAUAUUUUUGUUCAGUGUGGGCGGAGUAGAGUGAUGUUUUUAUGGCACUUGGUUGAUUUAACCAACACAUCACACAGAUAGAAGAAAUUAUCACUGGCUGUGUCCCAAAUGGCACCUAAUCCCCUAUCUAGUGCACUACCUUCGACUAGAGUAGUAGUGCAGAGUAGUAGUGCACUACCUUCGACCAGAGUAGUAGUGCAGAGUAGUAGUGCACUACCUUCGACCAGAGUAGUAGUGCACUACCUUCGACCAGAGUAGUAGUGCAGAGUAGUAGUGCACUACCUUCGACCAGAGUAGUAGUGCAGAGUAGUAGUGCACUACCUUCGACCAGAGUAGUAGUGCAGAGUAGUAGUGCACUACCUUCGACCAGAGUAGUAGUGCAGAGUAGUAGUGCACUACCUUCGACCAGAGUAGUAGUGCAGAGUAGUAGUGCACUACCUUCGACCAGAGUAGUAGUGCAGAGUAGUAGUGCACUACCUUCGACCAGAGUAGUAGUGCAGAGUAGUAGUGCACUACCUUCGACCAGAGUAGUAGUGCAAAGUAGUAGUGCACUACCUUCGACCAGAGUAGUAGUGCACUACCUUCGACCAGAGUAGUAGUGCAGAGUAGUAGUGCACUACCUUCAACCAGAGUAGUAGUGCAGAGUAGUAGUGCACUACCUUCGACCAGAGUGGUAGUGCAGAGUAGUAGUGCACUACCUUCGACCAGAGUAGUAGUGCAGAGUAGUAGUGCACUACCUUCGACCAGAGUGGUAGUGCAGAGUAGUAGUGCACUACCUUCGACCAGAGUAGUAGUGCAGAGUAGUAGUGCACUACCUUCGACCAGAGUAGUAGUGCAGAGUAGUAGUGCACUACCUUCGACCAGAGUAGUAGUGCAGAGUAGUAGUGCACUACCUUCGACCAGAGUAGUAGUGCAGAGUAGUAGUGCACUACCUUCGACCAGAGUAACAGUGCAGAGUAGUAGUGUACUACCUUCAACCAGAGUAGUAGUGCAGAGUAGUAGUGCACUACCUUCGACCAGAGUAGUAGUGCAGAGUAGUAGUGCACUACCUUCGACCAGAGUAACAGUGCAGAGUAGUAGUGCACUACCUUCGACCAGAGUAACAGUGCAGAGUAGUAGUGCACUACCUUCGACCAGAGUAGUAGUGCAGAGUAGUAGUGCACUACCUUCGACCAGAGUAACAGUGCAGAGUAGUAGUGCACUACCUUCGACCAGAGUAGUAGUGCAGAGUAGUAGUGCACUACCUUCGACCAGAGUAACAGUGCAGAGUAGUAGUGCACUACCUUCGACCAGAGUAACAGUGCAGAGUAGUAGUGCACUACCUUCGACCAGAGUAGUAGUGCAGAGUAGUAGUGCACUACCUUCGACCAGAGUAGUAGUGCAGAGUAGUAGUGCACUACCUUCGACCAGAGUAGUAGUGCAGAGUAGUAGUGCACUACCUUCGACCAGAGUAGUAGUGCAGAGUAGUAGUGCACUACCUUCAACCAGAGUAGUAGUGCAAAGUAGUAGUGCACUACCUUCGACCAGAGUAGUAGUGCAGAGUAGUAGUGCAGAGUAGUAGUGCAGAGUAGUAGUGCAGAGUAGUAGUGCAGAGUAGUAGUGCACUAUAUAGGGGAAUAGGAUGUCUUUGGAACAUAUCCCUUCUCUCCAUUCCAGUGCUCCCAUCUAUACAUUGACACAAUACUGGUAGACACUGAGUGUACAAAACAUUAAGAACACCUUCCUACUAUUGAGUUUGCAAACCCCCUUUUGCCCUCAGAACAGGACAUGAUUCCAUAUGUGUUAUUUCAUAGUUUUGAUGUUCUUCACUAUUAUUCUACAAUGUUAAUGGUCUGACACACACACCUCUCUAGCUUCGUCACCUUUUCACCACAGAUGAGGAAGUGUUACAAUGGCGGUGGAUUGAGAUGCAACAAAAAAAUGUAUCUCUAGCUUAAACUGACAGGUUUUCGUAUUAUAUUUGUAUUUUAUUAUGCUUAUUCAUUUUCCCACUGGGGUGUGGACAUCGACCCUUAGGUGGUUAAAUCUUUUGUCUUGCCCAUUCACCCUCUGAAUGGUACACGUACACAAUCCAUGUCUCAAUUAUAUCAAGGCAUAGACAUCCUCCCCUUCAUCUACAAUGAUAACUUUCACCUGGUCAGUCUGGUGGAAAGUGCAGGUGUUCAUAAUGUUUUGUCUACUCGGUAUGCACAAUGGACCAAACCACCAAGCUGGACAUCUCAUGUCAAUAUUUCACUUUAAAAAAAAUAAUAAUAAUAUGUAUAUAUAUGUAUGUUAUCUACACUUUGUUGCAUUCGUUCACUGAGUUAAUUAUCUCAUUUAAUUUCCUGUAAAACCAUGUCUUUAUGACGUGUUGUUUGUAGUUCAAACUGUCUUUUUCAUUUGGGAUUUCUUUACAAAAUCAGAUUCCAUCUAUAAGUCGUGUCAAUGCUCUAAAGAUGGAUCCGGAAUCAAUGUGAUAGAUUUGACGUGCACCUAUCUCUUUACGUUUUGAGAUGUUUUUAAAUCGGCCAUCUUUCAUCACCUGUUACCUAGGAUACGUCCUUAUUGAGAGGUGUUACCUAGGCUACGUCCUUAUUGAGAGGUGUUACCUAGGCUAUGUCCUUAUUGAGAGGUGUUACCUAGGCUACGUCCUUAUUGAGAGGUGUUACCUAGGCUACGUCCUUAUUGAGAGGUGUUACCUAGGCUACGUCCUUACUGAGAGGUGUUACCUAGGCUACGUCCUUAUUGAGAGGUGUUACCCAGGCUACGUCCUUAUUGAGAGGUUACCUAGGCUACGUCCUUAUUGAGAGGUGUUACCUAGGCUACGUCCUUAUUGAGAGGUGUUACCCAGGCUACGUCCUUAUUGAGAGGUGUUACCCAGGCUACGUCCUUAUUGAGAGGUGUUACCCAGGCUACGUCCUUAUUGAGAGGUGUUACCCAGGCUACGUCCUUAUUGAGAGGUGUUAAC